AUGGGCCUCGCCUGCCGCCUCUCCGCGCUCGGGCUGCUGCUGAGCGCCCUGCUGGUAUGCACCCGCUCUCAAGAUCAAGAGUCUGUGUUUGCCAUUGCGGGAGAAGAUUUUACUUUUUCACCAAAAGUUAACGGAACUAUAAGUGAAAUUACCUGGAUGAAAAACAAAAAUAAAGCGGCUGAAUGGGAACAUGAUAGGUCACCUAUGUAUUAUUCUAGCAUAGCAGAGAGAGGAGUGCUUGAGACAUCGUCUGGCAAUUUGACCAUCAAAAAGUUAAACACUGAUGAUGCUGCAGAGUAUGAGGCACAAGUUCUGCCUGUUGGCGAUGAGCUGCUCCAAUAUACAAAAUUUGUACUUGAAGUAUUGGAUCCUCCUUCACCAUCAGUAUUAAAUUGCAGCGUCACAAAUGGUCAGAUUAGAAUAUCAUGUGAGAUACAUUUCUCAAAGGAUGUGCGCUACAGUUGGUAUCGGGAUGACAGAAAAAUUAUUCAGGCUAAUAAUCCUGUGCUUGAACUUAAAGAAAAUGCAGACCGCCCAGAGAAAGUUUUGUGCGUCAGAGAAGUCUCCAAAACAAAAAUCAGCGACUCAAUCUCUCUGAGCGCAUGCUUCCCAGAGCGUCCUGAAAGUCUUUCAAGAGGUAGAGAUGGUUUAAUAGCAAUUUUUGUUCUUAUUAUUAUUCUCCUUCUAUUCAUGGGAGCACUCUUCGUUCUGUGGAAAAGAGGUUUGCUUUCCAACAUUCUCGAUCACAUACCCACAAAGGACUCAGCUGUAUAUAAGUCUGAAGAACAACACCUUACAGACGAUGACAGAUUCCUGGAAGAAAGUGGCCAAAAAAAAGGUUACACACCUACAGAUCCUGAAUAUGAAAAUCCAGAUGCUUCUGGAGUUGCAGCUCAUCAAUCAGAUGAAGCAACAAAGUUGGUGCAGAAAGAAAGUGUGCAAGCGAUCUUCCAUUGCGUUAACGAAAGCCAAGCUGAGAAAGAGGAGAAGAAGAACUCAGAAGAGACUUUAUCAACGAGCCGGGCUGACAACUCCUCCAAUCAAGAGAAUCUAGACUAUGAAUAUAUCUCAAAGGAGAAUCAGGAGCCAGAGGAGGAGAAAAACUCAGAAGAGACUUUAUCAACGAGCCGGGCUGACAACUCCUCCAAUCAAGAGAAAACAGAUCUUAAACUGCAAAGUGAGGCAAACUAACAACACAAUGGACUAAACUCCAUUGCGGAGUGACAAAAGACACUGAGAGAAGAAAUAUCUUGUGGAUGUCGCCCAUGAGUGCUGGAGUUCUCCCUAACAGAUGUGUUUUGAAGAUUCAUUUAUUUGUUCUCAAGCUUCAUAGACUAUCAGGGUUGGAAGGGACCGCAGAAGAUCAUCUAGUCCAACCCCCUGCUCAAAGCGGGACCCAUCCCCAAAUCGCCCCCUUAAGGAUUGAGCUCACAACCCUGGAUUUAGCAGGCCAAUGCUCAAACCACUGAGCUAUCCCUUCCACCAAUGCCCACUUUUAUCUUUCCAGGACAGAUGUCCUCUUUCUUCAAUGUCAGUUAUUUUGAAAAUGGACAGAGUGAGUCAAGGAGCAAAUCCCUUUGCAUCCGUGCUCCUUUUUGUACUUUUGUUUUACAAGCAAGCGAACAUGAAACAUAGGAGUCAGGUUUAUUUAUGCCAAUAUUUCCAGACAUUAACUAACACAAGUGAAUGUGGACAAAUCAAAAACUAAUGGACAUGAUAUAAAACUCUAACUGUAACAUUAUUUAAAUUCAGAAAAGAAGAGCGUUCAGAAGGGCAACUCUCAUUUUCUCUGCCUCCCUAUCUGAAAGAAAAGGCCACAAUGACACUGUCCAUGCAUAGAUCAGCAACAGCUUUCCUGGCUCUUGUUUCUAUCUGUCCUUCCAGAAAGCACCACCACCACCAAAUUCUGAUUUUUUUUGAAUAGCAAAAAGCAGGCACACCUUCUUGCUCAAUGGAGAUGGUAUCAACUCUGCUAUUUACUCUAGCCCAGCGGUUCUCAAACUGUCGGUUGGGCUCAGAAGUGGGUCACGACCCUGUUUUAAUGGGGUCGCCAGGGCUGGCGUUAGACUUGCUGGGGCCCAGGGCUGAAGCCAAAGUCUGCGCCCCACCGCCCAGGAGGGGGGCCGAAGCCAAAGCCCGAGGGCUUCAGCCCUGGGCAGCAGGGCUCAGGUUACAGUGUCUUCCCCCCCACACACACACACCCAAGGGGGCAGGGCUCAGGCUUUGGUCCCUCUUCCUGGAGUCGUGUAGUAAUUUUUGUUGUCAGAAGGGGGUUGCGGUGCAAUGAAGUUUGAGACCCCUGUUAGCCAAACAAUGUAUCCUCAGACUCUAGGGUAAGUGUCAAGAGCAAUUGCGUCUGUGGCACCCACAACUGUGACAAAACAGCUGAUCUAAAAGCAUCAGCACAGACACUUCAUUCACUAUCAGAAUGAGAUUAUCAACCAAUGAAACCAGUACAGUCUCUGUGCCAAACCCAGGUCUCAAACUGUGUGUCCAGAGUCAAGGCAAUUGGAGGACUCCAGAUACUGAAAGUCAUUUUUCCCUCUGUAAUCUUCUUCCCAAAGAAGGAAACCAUUAACAGUCACUUUCUUAAGAGAUAGUGGCACCCACUUGCAUAGGUCCCUCCAACUGGAUGUUGUGCAAAAAGUAAAGAAACAGCAACUGACUGGGAGAAAUGCAUUCCAUUUUUAAUAUUGUUUCAUUGUAUUACUCUAAAAUGUUUUUAGUAACACCGAUAAAGAAUUUUUAUAAAUAAGGCCAGAUUUAUUGGUAUGUUCCAGCUGCUUUGCAUUAUAGCCCAUGAGCUUUAACUUGACAACAAACCAAAUUAGUGUCCAAAUUGAUAUGAUAUUGAAGUCGUAAGAGAAAGUCAAACUCAUAGUGCAGAUCUAGGUUAUCCUUUCCUAUGAGCAAGACUUUCAACUGCUAACGUUCUAGGAAAAGUACACAUCUUACCUUUCAUGCCAUUAGGGUGCCCAAGUUUAAUAACGAGAUUGUUUGAUGCACUCCUUUGUGAUUAUAUAGCUGGUUACUUACUUAAUGCUCACUCAUUUUUGCACGACACUUGAAAAUCUAUAGAUGCUAUACAGGAAUUAGAUAUUAUCCCCUUUUUACAGAUGGGAAAAGAAAGGCAAAAAAGUUAAAACUCUGUAUUUUCAAAAGACCCCACAAAUUUAGGGUGCCCUUUUGAGAUACUUGGGGCUUAAUUUUUCAGACAUGCUGAGCACCCACAGCUCUCACUUCAGCAUCUUUGCAAGUCAGGGCCUUGAUGUAUGAAGUUAGGCACCCAAAAAAUCUACAUACUUUAGGGCAGUGGUUCUCAAACUUUUUUUUUUUUCCACAGACCACUUGAAAAUUGCUGAGGGUCUCAGCGGACCACUUAAUGAUCUUUCCAAAUGUUGUUUGUACCAUUAGCUAACUAUUGUAAAGUGCUUUGGCUAAAAGAACUAUAUAAAAAAAUUAAUAAGGUGUUUUUUGUUCUACAAAUAAAAGCACACAACUCAUAUUUUAA